AUGGUGACCCUCGCACCCCCAUCUUUGAGGGGUGUUCCCCCUCCCCCCUUUUGCCCUCUGUUGCCUCUGCUGCUGCGGCCGACCUCGUUGGUCUUGAGUCGGUCGGUGCGGCGUCUACCCCUAGCGGGAGACGCCGCCCUGGCAAGGGCAAGGGGGGCACGGGCGCUGGAGGAGCUAGCAGGGGCGGUGGAGGCGGCGGUGGAGGCGGCGGAGGGGGUGGGGGUGGCGGUGGGGGUGGUGGCGUGGGUGGAGAUGUCGGUGGCGGCAGUGGAGGCGGAGGCGGCAGCGGCGGUGGCGGUGGGAGCGGAGGUGGCGGAGGUGGCGGCGGUAGAGGAGGCGGCGGCGGAGGAGGUGGAGCUGGUCGGGGUGGCGCUGCGCAGAGGGUCGGCUCCAGUGGUGGUCAGCGCCAGCAGCAGCAGCAGCAGCGCACUCGUGACAUCCCCCCCCCCCUCUGCAGCUCCGGCGGGAGUAGCUGUCUUUGACCUUGACUUUGAUGCUAUUCUUGCUGCUGCUCUAGGUACUGGUGAGGCUGCUGCUCUAGGUGCUAGCGAGGCUGCUACUCUAGGUGCUUAUGCGUCUGCUCCCUUAGGUGCUGGUGAGUCUGCUCUCUCAGGUACUGCGUCGGCUUCGGCCUCCCACACAUUCACCCUUGACUCGGGGGCUUCUCGCUCCUUCUUUCGAGACCGCACCACACUCACGCCGCUUGGCCGGCCAGUUGCAGUCUCUCUGGCAGACCCCUCUGGGGGUCCUGUCCUUGCUCACUUCUCCACUGUCCUCUCGUGUCCGGCAGCCCUACUCUGGCACCCUACAGGCCGACACCUGCUCACGUUUACACGUCGGCUGGGGUCGAGCCUGUACACACUGACCACUGAGUCUCCUCCAGUCACUGCCUCUGGUCAGGAAGUUGCGUCGGGUCAGGUGUUUGCUGCAGCGUCCAGGUCUGGCUCUGAGUCUGCCCCCUGCUCGUGUCGCCUCCUGUCUCACGAGACUCUCCUCUGGCACCACCGCCUUGGUCACCCCUCCCUCCUUCGUCUCCGAGGCAUGGCCUCCCGUGUCCUUGUCUCUGGUCUUCCCCGGUCCCUCCCUCCCCUUCCUCCGGGGCCUGGUCCUACCUGCGUCCCCUGUGUCGAGGGGCGGCAACGGGCUGCCCCUCACUCCUCCCAGUUUCCUCCGACAGAGGCCCCGCUGCAGACGCUUCACAUGGGCGUGUGGGGCCCGGCCCGCGUCCGUGGACACGGUCUCGAGCGCUAUUUUCUGCUGGUGGUUGACGACUACUCGCGUUACACCACAGUCUUCCCCUUGCGCAACAAGGGUGAUGUCACUGAGGUGUUGAUUGACUGGAUCCGCGCAGCUCGUCUCCAGCUCAGGCAGAGCUUCGGCUCGGACUUUCCUGCUCUGCGUCUGCACUCUGACAGAGGCGGAGAGUUCUCCUCUGGCCUUCUGCGAGCCUACUGUCGUGCACGAGGCAUCCGCCAGACCUUCACGCUUCCGGACUCUCCACAGCAAAAUGGGAUUGCUGAGCGCCGCAUUGGCAUGGUCAUGGACGUCGCCCGUACGUCCAUGAUGGAUGCGGCUGCCCCCCAUUUUCUGUGGCCGUUUGCGGUUUGGUACGUGGCGCAUCAGAUCAACCUUCACCCUAGGGUCUCCAUGCCGGAGACCUCUCCAGCUUUGCUGUGGACCGGGAAGGUUGGCGAUGCGUCUGCGUUCCGUGUCUGGGGAUCUCGGGCGUUUGUCCGCGACUUGUCUGCGGACAAGCUGUCCCCUCGUGCUGCUCCUUGCGUCUUCCUUGGCUUCCCCCCUGACGCGCCAGGGUGGCAGUUCUACCACCCCACCUCUCGCCGUGGACGUCACGUUUGA